AUGCAGGGACAGGGAGUGGCGAAAGUGAAAGCAAGUAUAGAGUAUCAGACUGCCACAGGAAGCUGGUUGAAUGUAGAGCAGCUCGCUGGGAUUGACUUCAGGUAGGAAAGAAGAAAAAAGAGAGGGGCCGAUGAGAAGCAAAGAAAAGGGGUCAAAUACGGAGUGGAAGCGCAAAUGGCGAGUUGGCCUGGAGAUAACACGGAAAGCUCGGGCGCGUGGCCUGAAAGCUCCGUUCCGCCUAGGCCACUUCUGAAACCUCGACUGCUCUCCUCCGUCUUGUUCGUCGGCAAUGACGGCGAAUUACUGAGAGAGGUUUAUCAACCUUCCCCAUCCUUGGACAGAAUUUUGGUCCCAGAUGCUUCGAAGUGUCUUUACUGUUCAACUGUUCUCCAUGUUCCCCAUACUUAACUAGCUUGAUGACUGUCGUGAUUCAUCACCGUCGUGCCUCACUGUCGGGAUUAAAGAUAUUGAAGAAAUGCGAUGCAAAAACGAAGAUUGCCAUAGGUAGGUACCAUGGAGUCGAUGAAGUUUGGCUGUUACGGUAUUUUGCGAAAGUUCACGGAGACGAAAGCCAAUCUGUCGAAUCGAAUACAAUUAUGCAACGCACAAAUUAGUUAUGAAUGGAACAUUUGGUUGAGUCAGCGUAUCCUACUUCACCGGCUGUUAGACAUUCGUGUUCGA